UUCAGUUGGCCUAAAGAACAAAAACAUAAAGAAAAAAAAUAGUAUCGUGCAUGUCAGUAAAUGUAUUCUGGAUUUUCUUAUUUUUUACAGUUUGAUUGAUUUCUAUUUUAUAUAAAAAUGUACCCCGUUGGCCAACCACCACCGGGGGAGGCGAGUAGCGGCACUGUUAGUGCUGCGACAGUCAGUGGUGCGUCAAGUACUACAGGUACGGCAGCCGGAGCGCCUGCCACGGUCCCCACGACUGGUGCACCCGCCCCCGGCGUUGCCAGUGGUACUGGCGCCAUGGCUCUCGUGUCUCCAGCCGUUGCACCCCCACCUGAUUUACCUGUACUGACAUGCCCGCGAAGACCCAACCUUGGCCAUGAAGGACGACCAAUCAUGUUACGAGCAAAUCAUUUCCAAAUAACAAUGCCUAGAGGAUUUGUUCAUCACUAUGAUGUCAAUAUACAACCAGAUAAAUGCCCAAGAAAGGUUAAUAGAGAAAUUGUAGAGACUAUGGUUCAUUGUUAUAACAAAAUAUUUGGUGCACUCAAACCUGUAUUUGAUGGAAGGAACAAUUUAUAUACCAGAGAUCCUUUACCUAUAGGCAAUGACAGAGUUGAAUUAGAAGUAAUAUUACCUGGAGAAGGCAAGGACAGAGUCUUCCGUGUCACUAUAAAAUGGGUUGCCCAGGUCUCCCUAUUUGCAUUAGAGGAGGCAUUAGAAGGUCGUACAAGACAAAUACCUAAUGAUGCAAUACUUGCUCUUGAUGUGGUCAUGAGACACCUGCCUUCCAUGAUGUAUACACCUGUUGGACGUUCAUUCUUCUCUUCACCGGAUGGGUAUUAUCACCCUUUGGGUGGUGGCCGUGAGGUCUGGUUUGGUUUCCAUCAAUCAGUCAGACCGAGCCAAUGGAAAAUGAUGUUAAAUAUAGAUGUUUCCGCAACUGCAUUUUACAAAGCUCAGCCUGUUAUAGAGUUUAUGUGUGAAGUAUUAGAUAUAAGGGACAUAAAUGACCAAAGAAAACCACUGACAGACUCUCAAAGAGUUAAAUUCACUAAAGAAAUCAAAGGCUUGAAGAUAGAAAUUACCCAUUGUGGCACUAUGAAGAGGAAAUACAGAGUGUGUAAUGUGACACGCAGACCUGCACAAAUGCAAUCAUUUCCUCUACAGCUUGAAAACGGACAAACAGUAGAAUGUACUGUAUCAAAAUAUUUCUUUGACAAAUAUAAAAUGAAGCUCAGGUAUCCACAUUUGCCAUGUUUGCAAGUGGGACAGGAACAUAAGCACACGUACUUGCCAUUGGAAGUGUGUAAUAUUGUGCCCGGACAGAGAUGCAUUAAGAAAUUAACAGAUAUGCAGACGUCCACAAUGAUUAAAGCUACGGCGCGAUCAGCCCCUGACCGAGAGCGAGAGAUCAACAACUUGGUGCGGCGCGCUAACUUCAACACGGACCUGUACGUGAAGGAGUUCGGGCUGACGAUCUCCAACAACAUGAUGGAGGUGCGCGGCCGCGUGCUGCCGCCGCCCAAGCUGCAGUACGGCGGCCGCGUCUCCUCUUUGGGCGGACAGCAAGCAUUACCAAAUCAAGGCGUGUGGGACAUGCGCGGGAAACAAUUCUUCAUGGGAGUUGAAAUUCGAGUGUGGGCCAUCGCAUGCUUCGCGCCGCAGAGAACCGUACGAGAAGAUGCUUUGAAGAACUUCACUCAACAACUGCAAAAGAUAUCGAAUGACGCGGGCAUGCCGAUCAUAGGGCAGCCCUGCUUCUGCAAGUACGCCACCGGGCCGGAUCAAGUGGAGCCCAUGUUCAAAUACCUCAAGUCCACCUUCGUUCAGCUCCAGUUGGUAGUAGUCGUGCUGCCUGGCAAGACUCCCGUUUAUGCGGAAGUAAAGCGAGUGGGAGAUACUGUAUUGGGCAUGGCGACGCAAUGCGUCCAAGCGAAGAACGUGAACAAAACUUCACCGCAAACGCUGAGUAAUUUAUGUCUCAAAAUCAACGUCAAACUAGGCGGCAUCAACUCUAUUUUAGUUCCAUCAUUACGUCCGAAGGUGUUCAACGAGCCGGUGAUCUUCCUGGGCGUGGACGUGACGCACCCGCCGGCGGGCGACAACAAGAAGCCGUCCAUCGCGGCCGUGGUGGGCUCCAUGGACGCGCACCCCUCGCGCUACGCCGCCACCGUGCGCGUGCAGCAGCACAGACAAGAAAUCGUCCACGAAAUGAGCAGUAUGGUCCAGGAGCUACUGUUGAUGUUCUACAAGAGCACGGGCGGGUUCAAACCUCACAGAAUCAUAAUGUACCGCGACGGUAUAUCCGAGGGGCAGUUCAUACACGUGCUGCAACACGAGCUCACCGCUGUCAGGGAGGCGUGUAUAAAGUUGGAAGCGGAAUACAAACCCGGUAUCACUUUCAUCGUGGUACAAAAGCGACAUCACACGCGGCUAUUCUGCGCGGACAAAAAGGAACAGUCUGGAAAGUCGGGCAACAUUCCCGCGGGAACUACCGUGGACCUGGGUAUCACGCAUCCCACGGAAUUCGACUUCUAUCUCUGCAGUCAUCAAGGCAUACAGGGCACGUCGCGGCCGUCGCACUACCACGUGCUGUGGGACGACAACCACUUCGGGUCGGACGAGCUGCAAUGCCUCACGUACCAGCUGUGCCACACGUACGUGCGCUGCACGCGCUCGGUGUCCAUCCCGGCGCCCGCGUACUACGCGCAUUUGGUGGCGUUCCGCGCGCGGUACCACCUGGUGGAGAAGGAGCACGACUCCGGCGAGGGCUCCCACCAGUCGGCCUGCAGCGAGGACCGCACGCCCGGCGCCAUGGCGAGGGCGAUCACAGUACACGCGGUCACUAAGAAAGUCAUGUACUUCGCUUAGAAUGUAACUUUAUGGCCAGUAACCAGUCCAUUGAAGAUUUUCCUUUCUAGUAUUCAAUUUAUACAGAAUUGUUGGUUUAUCGGUGUUCUGUUUACAAAUUCAUAUAGAUAAGCCCACAUUAGCAAGCAAACACUGGAUGAAACAUUAAAUCGAAAUCAAGAAAUUAUCUUACAUGUAUUUGUAAGAGAAAGUGAUGAAUUCUUUAAAUUAACUUAAAUACUUACACACAAAUGUAAUGAUAAGAUAACAUUAAAAUUUAACUACUUUUUAAAUACUAAACGUUAUUUUAGACACUUGAUUUGUUUCAUGUGGGAAUUCAUAAACAAGAGUUGUAAAGGCGAAAACAUGCAAUAUUUGUAUAUAAAUAUAUUUAAUGAUUUUUUUUGUUUGGGUGGUUUACACUAAGCUGUUUAAUUCUGCGUCUAAUGCUUAAUACAUUCAAGUUACCUUGGGUAUGUUUAUGAGGGAUCAAUGAAACGCCAUCAUUAUCUAUUUGUAUUACAAAAAGGAACUAUUUAACUUAUGAUAUCGUAGAGAUGAAGUGUGUCUAAGCUUGCUAUAAUAUAAAAUUAAUAUCAACUUUAAUUGAUACAGUGCUUCCAUGAUUAUCGAAAAAUAUAGGUAUGACCAUUUCAGUGCUCUUAUGACGCCAUAAAUUAUUGUUAUUGGUCUAUCAACAUCCAGCAUAAAGAAUUAUAUAUAAUUUAAAAUGUUGACGGUUACUGGUCACUUGUUUGUGGAUGGUGGUCCUCGACAAUUUUAACGAUGAGUUGCAUACUUACAUAUUUUCGCAAUAUGUAUGUAAUUUAGGACUUUUUGAAAAUUUAGGAGGGAAGAAAUAUAUUUAAGCGUAUAUAGUAGUAUUUAGAAUUAAGUCGCAAUUAAUUUGUUAAUUUAUGUUGCCUUUACGAUGACACAGUCUACUUAAAAUGUAAUCCAAUACGCAUAAUUAUUGAGAUGCACUUAAAGUCUAUGCCCAUUGUCAUCCGAUUUGGUUAUAAAUGUAACAAAAUAUUGCACUGAGAGUAAUGAUUGUUAUGUUCACUCUUGAGGUCCAAUAUUCAGAAGUAAAACAGUUAAAAUGCUUAAGGAAAUAAUGCAUAAAAUUAAAUUUCCACACUUUCUCCGCUGGUCUUUUAAAUACAUACAUAGCAUUAUCAUCGAUGAUUUUUUAUGGUAAAUGAGAGUACCACGCAAAUGUAUACAUAUUUAUAUUCUAUUUUUGAACAUAGCAACGAGAAAAAAGUACUUGGACCUUGAGAAUAAGAAUAUUACUGUUGGAUCAAUACCAUAAAGCAAAUUUUUAAAGAGUAUCAACACUAAAUUGUACCACUUUCCUCCACAAACACGCCGGUCAUUAAUUUUAAUAGAAAAUUUAUCACAAAAUGAAUGUCCCUAGUGUGGCAGAUUAUACCAAAUUUUUAAUUUGCCCCACUAAUCCAUUUGGUGAGCCCUAGAAGUGAGGCAGGUUGGUGGUAAUAUUAGAAACACCAAUCCAGUCUUUUUUUUUCACAACGCAAAUUAAUUUUAGGCGAGUGAAAUACCCCUUUAACGAAAAAAAUAAGAGAAUUAUUAUUUUUAUCUAAACGAAUUAAAAAUUUUAAAUUAUUUUGUGUAUUUACUUCAAAUUAUUCUUUCGUUCCGCAUUCUUAUUUAUGAUUAAUAGAGUAAUUUCGGUAAAUAUACAAUGUUUGUGAGGCAGCCAAAACACUCCAUUUCUAUGAAGUUGUGUUAACACAAUUAUUUUGUUAUUAGAAAAGCUUCCAAAUUCUAUACUUAUAUUAUCUUAAGUUAAAUUAUCGUGUCCGUGUAUUUAUUAAUUCAUGUUUGAACACAACAGUAAUUCACGUUGAUUACAAUAUAUCAUAUAUGAACUAAAAAUUAACCCCGUCCAUAGUUUACUGCUAAUCCUGAAACUUUAUAGAAACGUAGUGUUUUUUGCGUGUGUAUAAACCGCAGACACCUUUAUGCUCUGAAAACAAGUGAUCUAGUUCAACAGGCCUACUAGUUCUCUUGUAAUAGUUAAGAUUUAAAUAUUUUGGGGUUUUCAUUUAUCGUUAAGGCGCCCAUGCAGGGUGCGGUAAAUUUUUAUGAACAUUUUGCCAUAAGUAGUGAUGUUAAUGACUAUGAAAUAUGAACAUUCUAGUAACGUAGUUACUGCCUUUUAUCAGUUGUACGUUUACUCUUUGUUUAACGACCAAUCGAAACAACCCAUAACUCUAGAAUGACCUAAAGCAGAGUAAUGACAUGAUUAUAAGACACUAGAUUGAAUUCAAUUUUACGUACUCUUAUGCGCAACCGCGCAAUCAAACGAUUCAAAAGAUUUUUGAAAUCAUAGAAAUAAAUAUUUUACUUUAGGAAAUAAUUCAUAUUGAAUAUAAUUUUUACAUAAACUGCUAAAUGGAUUUUAAUUAUUUUUAUUCGUAGUUAAUAAAGGUAUUGCAAAUGCAUUGUCGCUGUAACGUUAUGAGGCAUACGGGUGUGGUUUGGUUGAGCAUGUUGACGCGAACAAAGUUUUUGCACAAUUUUCCCGAAGUAAGGAAAUGCCACUCUGGAUUCGGACAACUCAUUCUAUAUCUAAUAGAAUAUCAAUACCUGCCGAGGAUUACAAUUAUUAUUAGGAUAACAAAGCCUUGUAACAAUCAAUAAAGUUAAAUUAACUAUAAAGUCUUGUUUAAUCAUAAAACAUUAUGAUUAGUAAUUAGUACAUAAUUUUAAUGGCAAGUUUAAUUAGCUAAUUGUUAAUUUUACUUACUGACCACUCGGUUAGACCUGAAUCGAUUUGUAUUAGGCGAUAAUGAUAAUGCAUUGGUGGUCCAAAUGAAAAUUUGUUGUUCGCUUUUAUGGUAGUCGUCUCAGGACAAGGGAAGGAUCUAAUCCAACAUCGGAACGUAUUCAUUAAUGUAUGUUUGUCUAUUAUCUAUAGUCUAGUUAACGUCUUAUGUGAUCUCACACAGUUCAAGCACUUAUUUUGUAAACCAACUAAACGGAAGCUUUAAAAUUAUUUCUCUAAUAUAAUGAACUUUAAUUUUCAUGGGACCACCUAUGGUACCAUCAGACUUUCAUCAUCAUAUUAAUUAUGAUAAUAGUUUGAUGCUAUAGGUAUAAGUAUAUAUAUUGUUAGCUGUUAUUUGUACGCUUUAUGUAUUUAGUAGUGUAGUAUUUUCCGUCUAAUAAAUUGUACCAAAAUAAUACUGAUCGCAUAUACUUUAUUUAUUUAGCUGGCUGUUUCAAAGUGUGUAUUUUAUUGUAUAACUUUGUGUGUAAUUACGUUAUCGUAAAUUUACAUAUAUAUAUGGCGGAUAUUUUUUCUGAAUUAAAAAAAUUCCUAUUUAUCGUAUGUCUCAUAUCAGAAUAUUUUAAUGUCCAUAAAUGUUAUUUUAGUAGAUCAAAGAUCGGCCUUCAACUAUAUAUUGUAUAAGAUUUUUGUUUCAAUUGUGUUCUUAAAUAAACUAAAAAUUUAUUUAUCACUUGGUGUUCAAGCAUAUAUGUAUGUUAAGUUAUAAUGUUCGCACUUGCACCAACUGCUCUGUUCAUUCACUUUUUCCUAGCCCCACUAUUAAGUAGGGUCUAUCUACUAUUUCGAUAAUAAAUUUAAGUUGAGUAUGAUUUAACACCACUUCUUUAUUAUUGCUACUUGUUGAUAGAAAAUGUUAUAAGAUUAGCAUAGCUUUUUAAAUCCCAAAAAUUAUUUUCGAUUACUAAAAUUAUUAUGUUUUUUUCUAACACUUUGACUGCGAAGAACGCCAUUAGACCGUCGAGAACAAGCGUGGCGAGGUGGACAAGCGACACUUUCAAUGAUAUGCAAUACAUUAUUAUGUAUAAUUACAAAAGCACUGCCGCAAUUGACUAGUCCUGCUUUUCAGUACAUAUCGCAGUCGAUGUGUUGCUAAUUUUACGUAUGACGUCUAAACAAUAUCAUUCUCGCUUUUAUAAAUGGACCGUAGUAUUGCAUGGCUUCUAGCAUUAAUUUUGGAUAAGUAGUAUGUGAAUAUAUUUUAAAUAGUGCACUUAUUCUCGCUUUGAUAAAUGUAGAAAUCGCAGUUAGGUCUCAGAUAUGGAUAGAUUGUAUAAUAAAUAGAUUCCAAAUUUCUUCGUGCAGGGUAAUUCAUGAAUCUUAACGUUAUAUGAAGGCCAUGUCUGUUGAUUAAUAUUAAAACGGUAGCACUCCAAUCUUACUUAAAAAUUUCAAGUCUCGUUAGCGAUGCUUUUUUGUAAUUGCCUUUUUUGGAUCACGUAAGAUGAUGUUUUAUGAUAGCUUUAAAACGAGGGAACAUUUUGUUGUAUUCCACAAUAUAUGUAAUGAAAUCAAAUUGUUUGAGUUGGAACUACUUACUAUGUUCACUUGAGGCUAUUUUGCUUUUACUGUGGUAGAAUCGUAACUGACAUGAACUAACCAACGAGUGUACCCAAUAUAUUUUUCAAUGACUCUGAAUCUGUGUUUUCUGUGUACUAGUCUGAACUUCCUAUAUUUUCAAUGACAUAUAUCGAUUUAGAUAUUAAUGUUAUAAUAUUUUAGAACAAAUAAUGUUAUAUCUCAUCUGUGUUUGCAAUUGUCAGAUUUUUUUCGAGAAUGACUAUUUAAGGCCGUUUUAGCUGUGAUAAGCUUGCCUACACUAGGUAACAUGUCUUAAGCGAUUUCUCGCUCACCACUAUUUUAGUGAGAUAUGAAUUCUAUUUUACUCAUGAAAAUCGUCGUCGGUGAGCGGUUGUGCAUCGUUGAAGCUUAGUGAAUACGAGAUUUAUAGUUUAAGCAGAAACUUAGAACUUUCACGUUCAUUUUUAUGUAAACUACUUUGGAUUUCUUGGAAAUCAGCUCUGUAUCAAUUGACAAUUUUAUUAGAGUACAGAAGAGUCUUAAAUAGUCGUUCUAGAAAUAAAGCCAAAUACGGGACUUCCCUCCACUGUGUCUGCUAGAUACUGUAGCAGUAUGUUGUAGCUAUAUAUGUUGUCCGAAGUGGAGGGACCCGAUGUGGUAGGAUGACGAGCAAACAUAAUGGAUAUCGUACGCAGACGAGACGAGCAGUAACUAUCGAUAUUAUGUUUAAUCCGGGCCUGGGCGAUCCAGGCCGCUGUACGGAUGGAGCCGCCUUAAUAUCCCAAAUUAUAUUUGAAUCAGCGUACCACAUAUUAAAUACAGAGUAAUUGUAGGAUCGUACGUUAUAUUUUGUGCACUACAUUUAAAGUUAUUAAAUGUUUCUUUCUAA